CAGACCUCGCACUAGCAGACCGCGCGGGUAUUAAAAAUUCAAAAUGUCCGCCACAAAAACACACACCCGUCUAAACAGAUGUGAGGACUCCCUGUGCGACAACGAGAGGUUGUGUGUGAGUGUCAGCGGAUUUUCAAAACAGUAUUCUCUUGUGGACCUCUCGUGACGCCCUCUCUGAGGAUACCCACUAGUUGACUGGUAUACAGCCGUUUUCUCUUACCUGUCGGCGCAAAAGGUUGUUCUUCUGUAAACAGCACAAUGGAAAUUAGUGAACUUAAGGUCAACAGCAAAGUGCUUACUGGUGACAUUACAGAUCCAACAAGCUGGAUUAAAAAGACUGGAGCAAGAGCACAUAUGAGAGCUAUUGGUUUCAAGGAUGAAGAUUUUGUCAAACCACUGAUUACAGUAGCAUGUCCUUACAUCAAUGUAAUACCAUGCAACUUCCACUUCAGGGAGCUUGCAGAUUACGUAGUAAAUGCCGUUGAAGAACAAGGAGGUAAAGCUGUUUUGUGCUGCACACCUGUGAUAAGUGACGCAAUGACCAUGGGAACUACUGGUAUGAAAUAUUCGUUAGUUUCGCGAGACUGGAUUGCUGACUGUAUUGAAAUAACUCAUGCUGGGUACACUGGGGAUGGCAUGAUCUGCCUUGCCGGCUGUGACAAGACAAUACCUGGUGUAACAAUGGCUUUACCAAGACUCAAUGCAUGUGGUGUGGUGAUUUAUGGUGGAACAAUGCUUCCUGGCUGUGGAAAGAAACAUACAAAUUUGAGUGCAGGGAGCCCAUUUGAGGCAUUGGGUUCCUAUAGCACAGGUCUAAUGGACAUUGAAGAUUUGAAGGAUAUUGAGUGCCAUGCAAUACCUGGUGCUGGAGCAUGUGGUGGGAUGUUUACAGCAAACACCAUGUCAUCUGUGGUAGAAGCUCUUGGCUUGUCAUUACCAGGAAGUGCCUCUGGUGUUGCCGUAGAUACUGAAAACAAGGUUUGCUUUAGGAGCAAUUUUCAUUGCAAUGUGACAGACAAAAAGAAGAGUGAAGUAAAGGAGGCUGUUAAAGCAUUGUUUUCAUUAAUGAAAUCAGGAAAAACUGCAAAGAAUAUUUUGACUCGUAAGGCUUUUGAGAAUGCUGUAACAGUCAUGUAUGCAUUAGGUGGAUCAACUAAUGGAGUUCUGCACUUGUUGGCUCUUGCUCACGAAUCUGAUGUAGAAUUUUCCAUUGACGAUUUCAACACAAUUGGAGGGAAAGUUCCACUGAUUGCUAAUGUCAAACCACAUGGCAAGUAUCAGAUGGCUGAUUUGGACAAGAUUGGGGGUCUCCCGAUUGUGUUGAAGGAACUUAUAGAGAAUGGCUUCCUCCAUGGAGACCAAGUGACAGUUAAUGGGAAAACUAUGGCUGAGAAUCUUAGUGAAGUGCCAAGACUCCCUGAAUUGGCAAAACAAGAUAUUGUUUAUCCAGUAUCGUCUUCUGUGGCACCUGCUGGCAGGCACAUCUUGAUUUUGAAGGGGAACUUGGCUCCAGCGAGUGCUGUUCUCAAGUUAAGCGGAAAGGAUAUAUCUGGAGCGUUUCGUGGACCGGCAGUAAUAUUUGACGGAGAGGAGCGAGCAUUUCAGAGUGUCAUGAAUGGAAAGAUUAAAGCUGGAGAUGUGCUUGUUAUUCGGUAUGAAGGACCACGAGGGAGCCCAGGGAUGCCAGAAAUGUUGGUACCCAGUGGCGCCCUGGUUGGAGCAGGCCUGGGGAAGGAAGUGGCCUUAGUAACAGAUGGAAGAUUCAGCGGUGCUUCUCAUGGCAUCAUGAUAGGUCACGUGUCACCUGAAGCUCAAGUUGGGGGUCCAAUAGGACUGAUAGAGGAUGGUGAUAUUAUCGUUAUUGACCCGAAGACUGCUACCCUGCAUGUGGAGCUUACAGAUGAAGUGUUAAGCGAGCGGAAGUCAAAAUGGCAACCACCCCCAAGGAGGCUGACGGGAUUACUUAAAAAGUACUCUAAAGUAGUUUCCAGCGCCCAUGUAGGAGCGGUUACCUAUUAACUGACAACAUACGGGACAUUGUGAUUGAGUUCUCCAAAAGAUACAAGGGUUACUUUUCUCAGUGAAAGCAUCGCUUCCGUCCGGUUUGACGCUGGGAGAAAUAACUUGAUUUCAAAGAAUAGUACGAGGCGAAUCGUAGCAAAAACGGGAUUCUUAACAAUGGCGAGGAUAAAAAUCGAUGGAUAAUUUACACUUUAUGAACAAUGAGCUUGGCUGUGAUUUCUUUGAAAGUUGUGUAAAUCAAAUUGUGGAGUAUUUUCUAUCGAAUCCUUUCUAUCAUUUUAGUUUCAUGGUGUUCCAAUAACCUCAGUUCUGGUGGAUUGGUCAUCAUUUGAUGAAAUGACCUCGUAAUGACUUCUUAGUGACGUAAUAAUAACUUGACUGACACAUUUCAAUGUAAUCUCACUCGUAGUCACUCGUGGUCAGUCGUGAGUACUUUUAGACCCUAUCAACGUAACCUACACAGUCCUCCAGAUGGCAAUUUACUGAAACGUAUCGCGAGGUGGGAAUCUGACAAAAACCUAAGUCUAUUGAAUUUAGAAAUCUGUCCCAAAGAUAAUAAGUUCAUAUCAAUUCCUAACUGAAUGUAGAGAAUAUAGGUAUUCCGGCACACAGUUUAUAUA